AUGCCAGGCUAUAGCCAAUCCCUCGAGGACCGAUUCGAGUCUCGUUUUUACGUGACGCCGCGCGACACGCCACCUUCUCGACCCAGUGCAGAGCCCACCUCGCGAAGGUAUCGAUACUUCUACGGCAUUCCACCUCGAGCAGCACCAGACCGACCACACUUGCUCUUCUGUCACGGUUUUCCCGAUGCUCAAUCCUUCCUUCGCAUCCUCACACCCUUUGUCCUUGCGGGAUUUCAUUGCGUGGCACCGGACAUGCUCGGAUAUGGAUUGACUAGCAGACCGCCCAUAGAGAGGAUCGCAGAGUAUGGAGCGGGCGCGCAGGUCAAGGAUCUGGUGGGGCUUAUGGAAUCACUCGUUGGCACCAAUGACAAGUUUGUCGUCAUUGGUCACGACUGGGGCGCAUACAUUUCCUGGUUCUUUGGAGUACAUGCGCCAACCAAGAUCGCAGGCAUUGCGGGGUGAGUUUGAGGCGAGCGCAUAUGCGCCUUUGGCGUCGUCCUCGAAUGCGGUGAUCUGAAUUUGCUAGGCUGACCGCUGCUAUGAUUCACACAGCCUGUCGGUGCCUUUUACGCCCACAUUGCUGACCAGCGAGCUGCCAGACUUCGAUGAGCUGUUGAAACGUGUGCCAUCCUUCGGCUAUCAAGCCUUCUUUGCGGAUCCCAAGAGCACCAAAAUUAUCGAGGACAAGGUGAGGACUGUCCGGCGAUGUUGCCAGAUCAAAUAGGACGGGGCUAUAGACUGACACCAUCCGUAUCUCUCCUUCGCGCAGAUCGAGACCUUUACGGCGAUUGCAUUUAUCCAGCCUAGAAAGCUUGCAGGCACUCGAUGGGGCAAAUCGCUCAACCUCAUGCCGAAAGGCCGCUUUGAGCAAUUUCUCACCACACCUCAAGAUCCGGCACUGGAAAGGACUGUCAAGGAGUCCAGCUUGAUCCCGCCUGGGUCGGAAGAAUGGGAGCGCGCUCUGCGGUACUUUGAUCCUCGACGAGGCGGCACGAUUGGUGAGUGACGGGAUGGCUUUUCGGUAUUGGUGGCGGGAGAAGGGCGGGGAAGCAUUGAGUCAGAGGGGUGAGGUAGAGCUGACAGACUGUGACUGUGACUGUGUCAUGCCUCGAUAGAUGGCGGACUCAAUUACUACAGAUGUCGCCAAGUCAAUUGGGAAGAGGGCAAAGGUGAGCACUGUGUAUGCUCACGGCCCUGCAGUCGCUAUCGCUCUUUCUGACACCCGCGCACCCGCGCACCCUUCGCAGCUCUGAGAUCUCAAAAGCUGCCCAAGGGCCCAGCAUAUCUGCUCAUCAUGUCCACGCACGACGCAGCUUUGCCCGCCUCGCUUGGGUCUAAAAUGUCCAAGCAUCUGGAAGAUCCUUCCGCCUUGACGACGCACAUUGUCAAAGGUGCUGGACAUUGGAUCCAUUUGGAACAGCCUGCGCUGACUGUGCAGCUCAUUCGCAAAUGGUUGGAGACUCGAGUGGGAUGGGGUCGAGCGGGUCAUUUGUAA